AUGAACAGAUGAACACGGAGGAGAAGAAGAAGAGGAAGCAGCGCAGGAACAGGACCACCUUCAACAGCAGCCAGCUGCAGGCUCUGGAGCGAGUGUUCGAGCGGACACACUACCCGGACGCCUUCGUCAGGGAGGACCUGGCCCGCCGCGUCAACCUCACCGAGGCCAGAGUUCAGGUUUGGUUUCAGAACAGGAGAGCGAAGUUUCGCAGGAACGAGCGCGCCAUGCUGGCCAGCAAAAACGCCUCCCUCCUCAAGUCGUACUCCGGAGACGUGACGGCGGUGGAGCAACCGAUCGUUCCGCGUCCAGCACCGCGCCCAAAUGACUACCUGUCCUGGGGCAGCGCCGCCCCCUACAGCUGGUAUCCGAUGCCGGAGGGGGGGCCAGUGCGGGUGCCACAGAAAAUGCUGCCCUCAGAGAACAACACCAUGGCAACCUACCCGCCCACCUGCUCCAACAACAACACGUCCCAGGGAAUGAACAUGGCCAACAGCAUCGCCAACCUGCGGCUCAAAGCCAAGGAGUACAGCUUGAACCAGGUGCCCACGGUCAACUGAGAGGAGGAG